AUGCUACCUUUACUCCUACCGAGCCUGUCUUUGUCCGUGGGUAUCCUGAGUUUGGUCGCACCCGCAGUUGCGCAACACCAGUUGCCCUACAAUCCUACCCGCAUCGUCCUGGCACAAGAUGGCUCCGGUGCGUACAUCUUGUCUCCGCAGCCUUCCUCGUCGCAAUUCUCCCUGUCUUUCCUCAAUACCUCAAACCAUGUCAACUCCGCCUCCCCGUCCACGCGACUCUUCGAUACUUUACCGUUCCUUUCGAACACUGACUCCGAGGCGUUCGUCACCCUUCCGGACGAUGAGGGCAUAACCGUGCUGGCCGGAGACUGCAAGGAUUCUGCAAGAGAUUUGGGACUAUGGAGAUAUACCUUCAGUGGUGGCUCUAAGAAUGCGACCUGGACUUCUCUCACAGUCACGACAACCGAUGGGACGUUGAGUCCUCAAUAUCUUUCCGCAGGCUUCACGUUCUCUCCGACUGCGUCUACCGACAAUGCCUCGUUGUACAUUUUUGGAGGAAUGUGCCCCGACGACGCGUCGUCGAAUGCUCAGGACUGGGUAUCGGACGCAACUUACUCAAACACAAUGCUUACCAUCACCCCCGAUGCGACUACCAGCCAAAACCCUCCUUACCAGUUGUCAUUAACAGGAUCUCGAUCGCCACCUAUUCCUGAAGCGGGUCUAACCAUAACAUCCCUGGCACCAACCUUUUCCAAUGGUUCCAGUGCAGGCCUUUCUCAACAACAGAAUUUUGUGCUUGUGGGUGGCCAUACUCAGAAUGCCUUCAUCAACAUGUCUGAGCUCGCUAUAUACUCACUACCUCAAGGAUCCUGGGCGUUCGUGGAAGCAACACAAGUCUCAGAUACAGUUGAGCCACGGUCCGGUCACACUGCGAUCCUGAGUGACGAUGGCUCAAAGAUCGUGGUACUUGGUGGUUGGGUAGGAGACACAAACACACCGGCGCAACCUCAGUUGGCGGUUUUGGAACUUGGUCAGGGCUAUGGAGGGCAAGGGGAUUGGGAGUGGAGUGUCCCAAGCUCUUCCUCUACUCCUUUUGAUUCUGGCAAAGGUAUAUACGGGCAUGGAGCGGCCAUGUUACCCGGUGGUGUUAUGAUGGUCUUUGGAGGAUAUCCGAUCAGCUCAUCAACAUCAAAGAGCAGACGAGAUCUGCUAGACAAUAUUCUGUUUUUGAACACGACAACCUUCGAGUGGGUGACUACUUACAGCAACCCAUCCUCAGCAGGGUCAUCCCAAGGUGCGGAAAGUGCCCAGUCAUCAUCUUCUGGGCUCAAAACUUCACAGAAGGCAGGCCUGGGGGCAGGGUUAGGUCUAGGACUUGCAGCAAUUACGGUGGUGGUGAUUAUUUGGCUCAUAUAUUCUAGGAGACUGCGAGCGAGACGUGCCUUGCGCGAGAAGGAAAUCCGGGAAUUGGCAUUGGGAGCCGAACGUCGCCACUCGCCUGUCCCAUCAGAUGGCGACCGGCAGAAGUACCCAAUGGGUCGCAGCGCAAGCUGGGCUGAAACUCUGGAACGCAAGAUUGAGAGCUCGGACAAUUCAUACCCCUGGGCACCUUUACCUGCGCCAGAGAACCAGAGUCGUCAUGUCGAGGCGUCUGGAAAUCACGAGAGCGACAAUUCCCGGUAUGCGCAACGCACUGGUGUCCAGAUGGAGACCCCAAGUCCCACCAGGGGCCUGAGAAAGAACUCGACAACUAGAGGCCCCAUGAUGUAUCACCCCUUCAACCAACACCCACCAACGGGCCCGGGAGCAGUGUUCCGCAUUGAGGAAGAAGAUGAGGGUAGCCAAAAUGGCUCGACCCAGCGGAUAAAGACGCCUAGGGCUACGGACGAUCUUGGGUCGGCCCCAAGUAAUCCGUUCGAAGACCCGCCGGCUACUACGGCUGAUACUCGACAAGACCAUGCCGCAGCAGAGCGCAAGAAGGAGGUGGAAGGAUGGGUUGAGGAUUGGCAAUCAGUCGCCGAGACCAUGACCGUGUCGAGGAGCACAAGCCAGGCACAUAGCAGGACAUACUCAAACCUUUCGCAAUUCCGAAACCAGCCAGGUAUUGGAGAGGCAGUGGGACGCGGUUCGCCUGAGAAGUCGGAUAGGACUGGCAGCAACCUCUCGGAAAAGAGCAUGGUGAGCGCCUCGUCAUACUCGAGAUCCUUAGCUACGACGCUAUCUCGGAACGUAUCUCAAAGGAGUGCCAGUGCAGGUUACGGGCUCUUCUCAGGGGCCGCGGCAGCCAUGGGCAGGUUUGGCUAUGGGAGGCAGGGUAAUGUUGAACAAGGCUAUGGCGCUGGUCUCACACGCGGCCCAUCAAACCGCAGUGUAUCGCUCAAUGUUGAUCCUCUUCGACCAAGAAAUUCGAGAGACGGCGUCGAACCGUUCUCGUCCGCCCGAAGCAAAUGGGGCGCAGCUGCGACCGAAGAUCAAGCACUCCUCAACCGGCAUCCCCAAAGGCAGCAAAAUGACGAGCAGGACUAUCGGACAGUCCCUGACAGUCCUGGAAAAGACAAGUACUCGCGAGCGGGCAGCCUUACUGGAUCCAGCCGUCGAGCACUAAACCUGCUGGGAAGUGUGAGGCGCGUGUUCACAGGAACUGGAGGCGUUGAUGUGCAGGAUCGAGUCGCCACGUUCGAAGGUCAGGGCAGUCAAUCAAGCCCGACGAAACACUCCGGCUCACCUGAAAUGGCGGAAAUAACGACUCUUGGUGCGGGAACGUCGUCCUUCUGGCGGAGCAAGCAGGGCCCACAAGACUGGGAAGACGACACAGUAGAUUCGAGCGAUUCUGGUCCAUCCUCAACACAAAACAGAAGAUCAAUGCCUGGAACGACCUCGAACGGUGAUCACGGUUCUUUUGAGGAUGACGAGGACUGGGACGUCGAGACUGCUGUACAGAAACGCGUGGUUCAGGUCAUGUUCACAGUUCCGAAGGAGAAGCUGCGGGUGGUCAACGCCGACGCCUUGAGUCUGCUGAGCAGUAAUCGAAGUGAAAUCGACCAAGAUGAAGACAAAGAGCGAGACUACAUAAAGAGGAUGAGCAGCGUAAGAGAAGGUGAUGAGGACAGUGACCAUGACCAACGCCUUGAUGACAAUACGAUGAACGGGAAAGGAAAGGGGCGGGCAUUUUGA